AGUCCCCUCAGCCUGAACUUCCUCAAGUCGCUUUCGGACAAGAAGUUGACAAGAGACGGGCAACCGGCUAAACGGCGAGGACCAAAACCCGAUAGCAAGCCUGCUCUGACAAGGAGGCAGGAAUUAAACAGGCAAGCCCAGAGAACCCACCGAGAGCGCAAAGAGCUGUACAUCAAGGCCUUGGAAGAUGAAGUGCUCCGCCUCAAGGAGAUUUUCUCAAAUGUCAGCCAGGACAAAGAACGCCUGGCCGAGGAAAAUCGCUCCCUGAAGGUUCUUCUUCAGCAUAAUGGCCUAACGCUACCCCAUGCUACCGCCGCCAUGAUGGACGACAACAUCAGCAACCCGUCUGUCGGUCCGUACCUUGGCAGUCGCAGCCCUGCAUCUGUAGCAGGUUCUACAAGCUACGGAUUCCCAUCCGUCUCCACGCAGCAUACUGCGUACACCCCGCCGCCGGGGUCAGCGUUAAGCACAGGGCUAUCGCCUGGUGGCCUCAGUCCUGUCACCCAGGCCUCUGGCCUCAGCAUGCACUCUCAGAUCUCACAAGCGCCUGGGCCGCAGCGCAACCCAGGCGUAGAUUAUGAUCAGGCGGGCAUUGACUUUGUUUUAAAGCUCGAGAGGCCGUGUAUGGAUCACAUGCCCUGGUUACUGGAGCGUUCCAGCGCCAAUGGCGGGCUUGAGCCUUGUGGGCACGCACUCAUGGCAUCUUGUCCUCCCGAACCCUUUCCGGAAUUAACGAACGACAUUCCCUUCGGCCACAGACAUGGCAACCAUGUGGCAGCCGCCGGCCAACCCAAUCACAAUGCCGGCUUCGCCGUGGCAUCAACGGCCAUGGAUGUCGAUGGUGGCCCGCCGCGGACUUGGGAGCUUAGCAAAGCCGACUUGGCGACGCUGCUUGACCUGAGCCAGAAGCUGAAUCUCGACGGCGAAAUCACGCCGGUCAUGGCAUGGGGUAUGGUGCUCAGCCAUCCUAGGCUGGGAGAGCUGAACGAGAAGGACUGCGCGAGGCUGUCUGAGGAGCUGCGGAGCAAGGUUCGAUGUUAUGGCUUUGGUGCCGUGAUGGAGGAGUUCGAGGUCCGUGAUGCGCUUGCAGCCAUCUUCUCGACCAAGCCGGAGGUG